GUAACAGGCAAAAUUAUAGUUUUAAAUCAUAGAUACCUCACAUAUCUCUUCAAAGUAUCCUGUCUCAUAUGGCCGACUCGACCUCUUCGAGUACUAGCACAGGGCAGAUCAUGUCCCGCUUACCAAGGACUGUAAAGUCCACGCUCUGCGAUGUCUGCUACAAAUUCGAGGAGAAGGUGCUACGACAUAAGGUUAUCAAGGGCUAUAAAUACGACAGUGAAGACCACUACUGGCAUUGGAAAGCAUUGUACGAUUCUGCCCAAGGCGGUUGCGAGCUAUGCCAGUUACUUUUACCAUUGUGUCUCGAAAGCUACGACCGCCGACAGAAUCCAUUUGUCCGAUGUGGCAAUAUUGUUAUACCUCGACACGAAGGACAACCUCUCUUGACAGCUUCCACUGAGUACGAGUCAAGCCAGACCCCGGAAAGAGUUCACGAAGGGAAGGAUUACCUUGGAGGUAUUGUACUUGCCGCAGAAGCUGGGAGUCAGGCGCGACAGGAGGGCCGAUUCAUGGGGCGAAAGUGCUGUGCAUAUCCCGAUUUCGAUCUAGCCAGGCAAUGGAUCAAAGAUUGCGAGGGCCAUGCUUCUUGCGCUCGAGGUAAAGUGGUAACCUGGACAAAUCCGACGCGACUACUUCAGAUCAUUGGAGACGGCUCAAUCGUCAAACUCAUAGCGACAACGAACUCAGAGCGGUAUGACUAUACUACCCUCUCCCACAGAUGGGGCACCGACCGCUUGCCGAUGCGUACGUUACGCACAAACAUUCAGCAGCAUAUGUCAUCCAUAGUGACCGAGAACCUCCCGGAGACAUUUAGAGACGCAGUUCUCGCAACCCAGACGCUCGGAUACGAGUAUAUAUGGAUCGACUCGUUAUGCAUCAUCCAGGACGACACGCAAGACUGGGAACGCGAAUGUCCGAGGAUGGCGUCCAUAUACGGACAAACCGCCGUGACCAUUACAGUCCCAGGGGCCGAGAACUCAUACUCGGCGUUCCUAUUACCACGGAGAAGUACGCACUCGGUGGAGCUCCAAUACAGGAACGAGCAAGGGGAGCCGCAAGGUUCAGUGACAAUGUGGCACCCUGGCAUAUGCUUCCGAACAUCCAGUCAAGGCGGAUGUGUGAGUCCGACCACGCACCCGGGCGUCUCAGGGUUGAAGGAUCGGGGCUGGGUCUUUCAGGAGUGGCUGUUGUCACCCCGGAUUCUCUAUUUUGGCUCGAGCCAGAUCUUCUUUGAGUGUUCACACUCGCGACGCUACGAGAUCAGUGACCUGGAAUACAGCGCUCCCUUGUCGAGACCGAACAUGACCAAGACUCUUCCUACGUACUCUGAUGCCGUCCAGUAUUACGAAUGGUGGUACAGUCUGGUGGGACGGUACUCGAUCUGUCACCUCACGUUCGAGAAGGAUCGUUUACCGGCCAUUUCUGGCAUCGCACACAGAUAUCCGUCGCCGAUGGACCAGGAUAGACUGCUCGCGGGGCUUUGGGUAGGUGACUUCCCCGGCGCCUUGCUAUGGCGAUACAGCUACGAGUGGUCAUCUGAGGGCCAAGGGAAAGAUAGACCAGAAAUGAGGGAGGAUGUUUCGCCCUCUUGGUCAUGGUCAUCCAAGGUCUGGGCUGCGUCCAAGGGAUAUCCGGUUGUCUGGCAGUUCGAGCGUCCUGGCGAUCAGGUUCGGUGGACGCAAUCGGCAAUCAGCACCACAACAAAGCUUGCUAGUCUGUCGAGUACGCCAGAUCCAUACGGUCAAGUAAGUGAAGGGCACAUCCAUGUCCGCUCGAAGCUAUUCGUAGCACUCCUGGGAGGGGAGGAAUACCAGACAGCCAAAUGGACACCGUUCCUCGUCGUGAAACAGGGUGGUGUUGGCAAUCUUGGUGACAUGAAGUAUAGCUUCUACCCCGACGUCCCGAAUCGGUACACUCCCCGCGGGACGUACGUUGAACGUGAUGGCCGCUGGAUGAGCGAAGUUCCCGAUAUCGAUGUUGGCAUCUUCAUUCUUCCGCUCAUGAUUGACGGUGCCGAUCACCUGUGUGGCGUUGCCUUGAAAGCCAACCCGGAUGGAAAAGAGUACUAUAGAGUUGGACUCGUCACCGGUCGCACCCGUCUAUCACAGGAGAUGAUUGAUAUUCUUGAUUUAUCUAACCCAGACGACGCUAUAGAAAUAGUCGUACGAUAAAUAGCACCUGAAGAUCAAAGAAUACCCCUUGGCUAGGCCAGAGCAACAGCCUUCUAUGGACAUUGAGCGUGUCAGCUUCUUACUAGAGCCACUCCCGAGACGAUGCUACUCUCAUCCCAAAGCCACAGGACAGAAAAUGCCCAAACCCAUACGAGCCCUUCAGCCCACCAUCCGUCCGAAUAAAUUCGCAGUAAAUCACACGACGAUGCGCUAACCAUCUAAAGACCAUUCACACAAGCAUAAAAGCGGUGCAUAUCUACCCAUUCUCAGUUGAACAGACUCCCAAAAAACCAGAUACGAGAGCGGGAGAUCCUCAAAUCGAUCGAGUAUGGUGUGAAUCGGCAUAUCAGCAAAGGGAAGCAUCAAAGGCAUUAUUAUUUUGAUCGCAGUGGAGCGUGAACUUGAGGCAAAGUGUUGUAUACGAGGGAAUGGGGAAACGGAUGGGGUCGAGGAUGGCAAAGUGUGUUGAUCCUGUCUUAUCUAUGUCAAG